AUGUGGCCAGAGAUCAUCGCGAGCGCUAAGCAUGGCGGGCUAAAUGUGAUCCAAACCUACGUGUUUUGGAACCUCCACGAGCCUGUGCAGGGGCAGUACAACUUUCAAGGGAAGUAUGACGUGGUGAGAUUCAUCAAGCUGAUCGAGAAGAAAGGAAUGUAUGCGACGCUAAGGAUCGGUCCCUACAUCGAGGCCGAAUGGAACUAUGGAGGGUUUCCAUAUUGGUUGAAGGAGGUCCAGAACAUUAGCUUUCGAACAGACAAUCCACCCUUCAAGUAUCAUAUGAAAAGAUUUGUGGAAAAGGUGGUUUCCCUGAUGAAGGAUGAGAAACUCUUUGCUUCCCAAGGUGGUCCUAUCAUUCUCUCACAGGUUGAGAACGAGUACAAUAAUGUAGCUCAUGCAUACAAAGACGCAGGACUGAGAUACGUGCGGUGGGCAGGCAACAUGGCUGUGGAUCUGAAGACCGGAGUGCCAUGGGUGAUGUGCAAGGAGAAGUCUGCUCCAGGUCCAGUGAUCAAUGCAUGCAACGGAAGGAACUGCGGAGACACUUUCGAAGUCCCUAAUAAUUCGACCAAGCCCUUCCUGUGGACAGAGAACUGGACUGCUCAAUACAGGGUGUUUGGUGACCCGCCAUCUCAAAGAUCAGCAGAGGAUCUUGCAUACUCUGUCGCUCGGUUCUUCUCGAAGAAUGGAACACUAGUAAACUACUACAUGUAUCAUGGAGGAACAAACUUUGGAAGGUCAGGUUCCUCUUUCGCCAUGACGCGGUAUUAUGACGAGGCUCCUCUCGAUGAAUUUGGUCUGCACAAGGAGCCCAAGUACGGACACCUCAGCGACCUGCACCAUGCUUUGCGGCUGUGCAGUAAGGCUUUACUCUGGGGAGUCUCUUCUGUCCAAACAUUCGACAUAGAUGGUUUCGAGGCGACGGUGUAUGAGAAUCCUGGUAUGAAGGCUUGUGCUGCUUUCCUCUCCAAUAGCAAUCGGAAAAUAGAAGGUACCGUCAACUUCAAAGGUACAGAUUACUAUCUGCCUCGACGCUCCAUCAGCAUCCUCCCGGACUGUAAGACCGUGGCCUUCAAUACUCAGAAGGUGAUUUCACAGCACAAUGCGAGGACGUUCCAUGUAGCCAAGGAAUCCAGCAUGAACAACCAGUGGCAGAUGCACAAGGACCACAUUCCGAGAUUUCGCGAUACUCGGGUUAGAUCAAGAAGUACCUUAGAGCUGUUCAACAUGACCAAGGACACAUCUGACUACCUGUGGUACACCACAAGCUUCAGGUUAGAGGAUGACGAUUUACCCAGGAGGCAUGACAUCCGCCCUGUAUUGCUGGUCUCAAACCUUGGCCAUGCAAUGCAUGCUUUCGUCAAUGGAAGGCACGCAGGGUCUGGACAUGGUACCAACAUCGAGAAAAGCUUCGUCUUCCAUCAACCAAUCGCUCUAGGAGCAGGAAUCAACCACGUAACCAUAUUGUGCAUGACAAUUGGAUUACCGAAUAGCGGAUCGUACUUGGAACACAGAAUUGCCGGCGUUCAUACCGUCGUCAUCCAAGGUCUUAACACGGGAACCCUGGACUUGUCGCAAAAUGGAUGGGGUCAUCAGGUUGGAUUGGUAGGUGAGAAGCUGGGCAUAUUCAACGAGAAAGGAGUCAACAAUGUUAACUGGACGCAGGCUCAGAAUGACAUGCCGAUCACAUGGUACAAGAGAUACUUCGAUGCUCCUUCUGGAAAUGACCCUGUUGCUUUGGAUUUGACCUCGAUGAGCAAAGGAAUGGUAUGGAUCAAUGGCGAGAGCAUAGGUCGAUACUGGGUGUCCUACCUCAAUCCACUACAAAAGCCUUCUCAAUCAGUGUAUCACGUUCCUCGAUCCUUGCUGAAGCCGAAGGACAACCUCAUGGUCGUCUUCGAGGAGCACCGAGGGAAGCCAGAGGGCAUCGUGAUGAUGACAGUGAAGAGGGACAACAUCUGCACCUUCGUCUCAGAGCUCUUCCCGGGACAGGCGUCGUCGUCGCUGAGGGAGAGCAGCAAGCUCGGGACGGUGGAACACCCAGAGGCUCGUUUGAAGUGUACAGGGAAGAAGGUGAUCCAUUCCAUUGCCUUCGCCAGCUUCGGCAACCCCGAAGGCUUGUGCGGCAACUACUCCCGGGGGUCUUGCCAUGCUCCACAGACCAAAGCUGUGGUCGAGAAGGUGAAGUUCCAUUACCAUUCGACUCAUUUAAGCUGA